AUGGCCGCCUUCGACACAAAUGUGGAUUUCAGUGAAAGCCGCGCGGGAGAGAUCCACUCGAUCGGAUGGAUCUUUACCGGUGUUGCUAUGGCGGCAGUGUUCUUGAAGCUAUUCACACGUAUGGAGAGCAGUCGCAUCGGGUGGGACGACUUUUUCAUCUUCUUCUCUUUGGCUAUUAGUAUCAUCGCAACCGCAUUCGUCUCAUACUCCGUGACUUUAGGGCUGGGACGACAUACUUCAGCGGUCGUCGCCGAGCAUGGGAUAGAGCGAUAUGAACAAACGGCUUUUUGGCAGAUCAUUGCAUUUCCAUUCAAUAUCGGCGCAUUUAGCUUUCCCAACAUCUCCAUCGCUAUCCUCAUCGUUCAUCUCCUAGACCCUCAUUCGCUUCGUAAAUGGUUUCUGUACGCUAUGGUGACCUUUCAGGUUAUUUUCGCCAUGAUAUCAGUGCUCAUUGUUUUCUUCCAAUGCAAGCCUACCGCAAUGUUGUGGAACCCCACGUUGAAGGGCACGUGCUGGAGCUCAGAUGUCUUUGAUAACUUUUCCUACUGGGUCAGCGCCUACACGACUGUGACGGAUAUUGUUUUGGCCAUUGUUCCAAUUAGUGCGUUUUGGAAACUGCAAAUGCCCUUCUCGACAAAACUUGGUGUCUGCAUCAUGAUGGGAUUGACAAUGCUUUCGGCGAUUGUCACCAUCGUGAAGGCAACAUAUCUGCACUUGUUUACGAACCGUUCAGACCCACUUUGGGCUGUGGUACCGUUAGUUCUCUGGGGUUUGAUCGAGCAAAAUGUAGUCAUCGUUGCUGCAUGUAUCCCAACCCUACGGCCAUUCUUCCGCAAGACAUUUAAGGUCUGCGAAGGCCUCAGCUUCGGUGUCGGAAUUACCUUUAAGAAAUACAAAGCAGAGUAG